AUGUUUCCAGUGAUUGAAGUGAACACUCUCAAGUGUCCAGAGGUUGAUCCUAUUCCUAUUCCACAUGAAUGGUACCAACCAGGUGAUCUCCUGAUUGGAGGGAUAGCUUCACAAAAUCUCUAUGCCUUCAGUGAACAUAAAUUUGAUGAACAUCCAUCUCAGGACCUCUAUGGACUUUCAGAAGUGAAGUCUCUGCCAUGUCAUUCCAGUGAACCUUUACCUGUUCCAAAUGAAUGGUACCAGCAAGGGGACUUAAUCCUUGGUGGAAUGGUAUCCAUGGCCAACUACCAAUUUAAUGAAGUUUCAUUCAAACACCAUCCUUCUCAGGAGUAUUUUGAACAUCCAGAACGCAGGAUUGGAAAAGUAGAUCCUGGUGCUGCAAAAGGACAGGAAUUAGCCAUUAAUGAGGAUAUGAUUGUUUGGCAUAGAUCAAUUAACCAGGUGCUUCCCAUUUCUCUGUGUAAUGAACAAUGUCACCAUGGAUAUCGGAAAAGAAAAAAGGAAGGAAAAAAAUUCUGCUGUUAUGAUUGCAUUCCUUGCCCGGAAGGAGAAAUCUCCAAACAGAUGGAUACUGUUACUUGCCUUCAAUGUCCUGAUGACCAAUAUGCAAACCAUAAGAAAGAUGGAUGCAUCAUGAAAACUAUUAGCUUCUUGUCUUAUGAAGAACCUUUAGGACUCAUUUUAACCACUGUAGCUACUUUGUUUUUCCUCACUACAACAUGGGUGUUGGGAAUAUUUAUUAAGCACAAAGACAGUCCUAUUGUGAAAGCUAACAACCGGGAUCUCACUUACACUCUCCUCAUCUCCCUUCUGCUUUGCUUCUUCUGUUCUUUGCUCUUUAUUGGACAACCUGGAAGAGUCACCUGUCUCCUCAGACAGUCUGCAUUUGGCCUCACCUUUUCAUUGUGCAUCUCUUGUGUGUUGGCCAAAACAAUCCUUGUUUCUCUUGCCUUCAAGGCCACCAAGCCAGGAUCCCGGAUGAGGACAUGGGUGGGGAAGAGACUGGCUGUUUCUAUUGUACUUAUUUGCUCUCUAUUCCAAGCAAGCAUCUGUAUUGUUUGGUUAUCCACCUCUCCCCCAUUCCCAGAAUUAGACAUGCAUUCAGCAAUUGAAGAAAUGAUUCUACAAUGCAAUGAAGGUUCAGCUGUUAUGUUUUAUUGCGUCCUGAGUUAUAUGGCCCUCCUUUCAUUUGCCAGCUUCAUUGUGGCUUUCCAGGCUCGUAAACUGCCUGACACCUUUAAUGAAGCCAAGUUCAUCACCUUCAGCAUGUUGGCUUUCUGCAGUGUGUGGGUCUCUUUUGUUCCAACCUAUCUGAGCACCAGGGGAAAAGCCAUGGUGGCUGUGGAGAUCUUCUCUAUCUUGUGUUCUAGUGCAGUGCUUCUAGGAUGUAUAUUUGUCCCCAAGUGCUAUAUUAUUGUAUUUAGGCCUGGUUUAAAUAAUAGGGAACAAUUGAUAAGAAGAUUUAUUUAA